CUCAGCUUCAGCCAGAGCCGCCGCCUCAGCCGCGCGGGGCUUUUGAAUGGACCGGAAGUGGGGGGCAGAGCGACUUCCGGCCGUUGGGCUGCGGCGAGUAGGGAGCUUCGGAAAUGGCAACCAAGAAGCUAGCGAGGCAGCUUGGAUUAAUUAGGAGAAAGUCAAUUGCACCAGCAAAUGGAAAUCUGGGAAGAAGCAAAUCUAAGCAAUUGUUUGACUACUUAGUUGUCAUUGAUUUUGAGUCAACAUGUUGGAAUGAUGGGAAAUGCCACCGGAGCCAGGAAAUAAUUGAAUUUCCAGCUGUAUUGCUGAACACAUCAACUGGAGAGAUUGAAUCUGAGUUCCACACCUAUGUUCAGCCUCAGGAACAUCCGAUUCUUUCUGAAUUUUGCAUGGAACUAACAGGCAUAAAACAGGCUCAAGUUGAUGAAGGAGUCCCUCUGAAGAUUUGUUUAUCUCAGUUCUGUAAAUGGAUUCAGAAGAUUCAGCAAGAGAAGAAAAUUAUUUUUGCUACUAGGAUUCCAGAUAGUUCUGCUUCUGAAGUAAAAUUAUGUGCAUUUGUCACUUGGUCAGACUGGGACUUGGGGGUUUGCCUGGAGUAUGAGUGUAAAAGAAAACAGCUGUUAAAACCCGUGUUCCUUAAUUCUUGGAUUGAUCUCAGAGUAACUUACAAGAUUUUCUAUAAGAGAAAACCCAAAGGACUAAGUGGUGCCCUGCAGGAAGUGGGAAUAGAAUUCUUGGGACGAGAACAUUUUGGAUUAGAUGAUUCUCGGAAUACGGCUUUUCUUGCUUGGAAGAUGAUCAGGGAUGGUUGCGUAAUGAAAAUUACAAGGUCCUUGAACAAGGUUCCCACUAAGAGGAAUCCUAACAUUUUGCCCAGAAAUUUGAAUACGGAUCACGUUGAAGAAACAUCAGCCUGCAACAGUGGCAUUCAUGAUCCCAGCAUAUAUGGUAGGGAGCCUAAAAAUACAAUAAAAGCUCACGAGAACGUUCGGAUGAGGUCAGCUGCUGUGAAUUCUCCUGUAAAGUUACAGCAAAAUCAGUUACAACUAAAGGACAAUGUAAAAGCAGGUCUUCAUAAUGUCAAAAGCUGUUUAUCUCUUUUUACUGCUAACUCCUGGACUUCUGUGGGGCAGUUACAGUCUUCCAGCUUGAAUACACCCAUGCAGAAGCAAAUAAACCAACAUCUUGCAUUUAAUACCAAUUCUAAGUCUUCAACAGUUGGUUCAGAAUUGGUACGUGUUUCAACUACGAUUUCGUCUGUUAAUAAUGUUUCUGAUAUGGAAAUGAGUUCUGCUCUUGACUGUUUACCUAUGCUGGCUGAUUGGGAGGAUGUAGCUUUACUGCCAGCAUCUCAGCCUGAGCAGAAUACAUAUGGUAUACCUUCCAUUAGUGACUCAAACUUGGAUUCUUCAUUUAAUUCUGGAGAAAGAGUAAUGGUUUUAGGAGAAUCUGAAAUAGUAAGUCAUGAAAACUUUGGAGACACAGAAGAAGCUUCUCAAAAAUCUGAGAGCUCUAAGUCUAUUGUGUAUAAGAGUCCACACACUACUAUUUAUAAUGUAAAAGAAGCCAAAGAUCCAGGUUCAGAUGUUUCUGAUUUUAAAUUACCUGAAUGUAAAUCAAGUAGCUUCGGCAGUGUUAACACCAAAUUGUCUCAUCCUUUAGCUUUGGGGAAAUAUCCUCCUCUUCUAGGUAGUACUAAAAGGAAUCCAUCUAGUCCUCUACUUUUCCCACCAGCUAAAAAACAGACCUUCACUAUUCAUGAAGAAAAGCCUACAUCAUCUGAUGGCUCCCCAGUGAGUUCUUCUGGGAAGAUCCUUCCCUCUGUCUUAACUUCUACAGUUAACCUACAAGAGCCUUGGAAGAGUGGGAAAAUAACACCUCCUUUAUGCAAGUGUGGCCGAAGAUCUAAGAGACUUGUUGUUUCUAAUAAUGGACCAAACCAUGGAAAAGUCUUCUAUUGUUGUCCUACUGGGAAGUAUCAAGAAAAAAGAAAAUGUGGUUAUUUCAAAUGGGAACAAACACUCCAAAAGGAAAGAGCCAAUAACGUAGUUCUGUCUCACUCCCCAGGGGGACUCACUUUUAGUUCUCCGGAAACAAGCCGUAUUUGUGACAGAAAUCUAAAUUUUUCUACUAGAAAUUCAUUGAGACUCAGACCUUCAAUGAGGAAUUGACUUUUUUUUUUUUUUUUAACAUCUAAACUGUUUUCACUUUAAUAUGAUUUUUAGUGCACCAAAGAGAAAAAAAUGUGUAUAGGGUACAAAUUGUGAAGACAGUAAGCUACAGUGGAGCUAUUCAAUACAUUCUCUCUCUUACACAGACAUACUCUCUCACACACGUUCACACUGAAAAUAGAAAAAAAUUUCUUUUCACAGCCUUCUAAUUUCAUUAAUAUUUGUCUUCUGUUCAUGUAUGAGUCCUGAUUGCUCCCUGAAUUCCAAAAAUUAUAAAUAUUCUGUUAAUGUCUUAUACUAUUUUAUUUACGUUUCAUAUAUUAACCCUUGCCACAUUUUUCAUACUUUUUUGAAGAACCACAAAUGAAAUACUUGGUAAACUAUUUAUUAGGUUAAACAUAGUAAGCAAAAUUACUAAUAUAAGAUAUCCUUGUUUCUUUCUGUUGAAAUUAUAAUUUAUGUACAAUAUUAUAUUAGUUUCGGGUGUACAACAUGUGAUAUCCUUCCUUUACAGUUAGACCUUGAAACGAAUUUUAAACUAUUUUUAAAUCAUUUGAAUAAAAGUGUGACUAAUAAAAAUCCCUGGCCUAUUUUCAGAUAGCUAUUUGUAUUUUAAGCAUUAUGGUGAUUUCAUAUUUUAAAUUUCUCCAAAAAUGUUUAUAAUUUGUUUAGUUUAUUUCAACACUUGAAAAUUGGUUUUAAUUUAUAUAUCACCAUAUCAAAAAAAUUAUUCAACUAAGAUUUGAGAUCUGACAGGUCAGAGAUUUGGUUUAGAAACUGCGUCUAUACUAUACAUUUAAAACUUCCCUAAGCAAUUGAUGGUGUUCUUUUUACUGACACUAAUGCAGAGGAAUUUACUGAAUAUUUUAUUUCAGAAUUCAGCCUCUGAUGUUAUAACCACAAGAUAUUUUAAAUCAAUUAGUUUGUAAACAUACUAUCACAUUUUUUACCACUUCUUCAUAAUGCUAUGGUUUUUACAAGGUCUUAUUUUAUAGAUACCGUGAUAAUUAAUGGAAUAAAUUUAAAUUUUUUUCCAUUCCUUCUUCCUCAGUUCAUUUCUUUUUAUCUUCCCACUGAUAGUCUUUGGCAGCUCUUGAAUAAAUUCUAUCUGUUGAAAUCAAGGGAAGAUAGUUAGCCCAGAAAGGUUUCAUCUUACACAAAGUCAAUUAUAUAACAGUUCUAUUAUAAACUCUAGGUGAAAGAAUCAGUGUACCCACUGGGUGGAUUUUUUGUAACGGGAGUUUCCAUUGUGGCACAGUGGUUAACAAAUCCGACUGGGAACCUUGAGGCUGCGGGUUCGAUCCCUGGCCUCGAUCAGUGGGUUAAGGAUCCAGCGUUGCCGUGAGCUGCUGUGGUAUAGGUCGCAGACACGACUCGGAUCCCUUGUUGCUGCGGCUCUGGCGUAGGCCAGUGGCUACGGCUCUGAUUAGACCCCUGGCCUGGGAAUCUCUAUAUGCCGCAGGAACGGCCCUAAAAAAGCCAAAAAAAAAAAAAAAAAAAGGACAGGAGUAUUGUUAAGGAGAUUUUUGUUGAUAUUUAGUAUUUACUGUAAGUACAGUAAGCCUAAUUUGCCCAACAAAUUAGGUAAGUGUUUUCAUUUUAAUCUCAGAUUCUGAUUCUUAUCCAUGGCAUUAGUUCAGUUUGGAAUAUUAGGUGUAACAAGUUUGAAGAGAAUGUUCACUAAAAUGGAAAAAAUAAACAGCUGAAAGUUUCGAGAAUACUAAGCAAAUAUUGUUCUUAACUACCUACCUUUCUGGGAUAUUUGUAAGGUGCUGUAGUUCUUUUCACAUGUUCCUGAAUCUCCUUUUUCAGUUGUUCUUGAUCAUGUGACUUGUAAUCAGGGUUCAGAACAAUAAAAGCCUUUACUACCUAAAAUAAAUAUUUGAGCAC